UAUAUUCACAAACACUCACGAUAUUUUAUACAGGUAUAUAUUACCGACAUAAGAAAUAAUUUUUUUAUUUCAUUUUUUAUCUGUCUCAUAUAUCCUUUCCGGAGGGAAUCGCUAUACGACUCGCUCGUCAGUGGAACUUCACUAGGGUCUUUACGUAGUACUUAAUGUGUCAAAGCAAUAAAUGCUAUUUCUGUAAGAACCGUAUGACAAUUUUUGAACGAUGUAACACAAAAUUAUUCUUCAAGAAAUUGAUGUAUAAAGCAGUUACAGAGUAUAUAACAGUUUUUUACUAUAAGCGACAUUCGAGAGUUGAAAUUUGUUCUUGCUACCAAAAACGAUCAGAAAUUGUAUGAAAAUAAGUUAUUGGAAUUAGUUGGAAUCGUGCUGUCAAAGACAUCGUGUUUCUUUGAACGUAUUAUGGAAACCACUUGUGGUCAUUAUUACAACAUUGUGUAUAAAAUCGCAUCACUAACUGGUUUAUGGCCGGAUCUGAAACCAAAAACAAAAUUAUUUCGUUUUACAUUUUUCAUCAUAAUCUUAUUAACGCUAUUUGUCCCGCAAAUAGCUUAUCAAUAUAUGUGCAAGAAAAACGUGCAAUGUACUUAUCAGGCAAUGACAGCGUAUCUGUUGUCAAUUGUGAUUAUGGUGAAGAUGUGCACAUUUUAUUUUAACACUCCUACAAUGAAAAAUCUCACCCAACACUUGUUCUACGACUGGAAGAUAUUAGAAACGACCGAAGAGUACGAAAUUAUGAAGUCAUAUGCCGAAAAUAGUCGACGAUUCUCUUUACUGUAUUCAGUAUACAGCGUCGUAGCAGUAUUUGUGUUUAUGUCAAUGUCUCUUAUACCGUAUAUACUCGAUAUUGUAUUGCCUCUUAAUGAAUCCCGUCCUAUACUGCCGCCGUAUAGAGGCUACUACUUCGUGGACAUUCAAGAUUAUUUCUUUCAAAUUUACUGGCAUUCCAUCGUAAGCUGGGAAAUUGUCGUGGCCGGUGUAAUCGCCCAUGACUGCAUGUUCGUGUGUUAUGUUGAGCAUGUUUGCAGCUUGUUUGCUAUAGCUGGAUUUCGUUACGAACAUUUUCUUUAUAAUAAUAAAGAAAAGGCAAAAAUUGCUUUAAACGCUGAUGGAUCAAACAUCGACUACUCGAAUGACAAAAGGGUUGCGUUUCUUGUACACACACAUCGAGAAGCUCUAGAGUAUGCGCAACUUAUUGAAAAUACAUUUACUAAGCCUUUCGCUAUACAAAUGUUGAUUGCAACAAUAGGAAUGAGCAUUUGCUUGCUACAAAUCACACAACAAGAUGAUAUUUUAGAAGCAAUAAGAUACGUGUUCUAUGUCGUUGGUCAAUUGAUUCAUUUAUUCUGUCUUAGCUUCGAGGGUCAAAAAUUAAUAGAUCACAGUCUUCAGAUGCGCGAAAAAAUAUAUAACAGUUCCUGGUACAAAAUGUCUGCAAAAUUACAAAAGCUAAUCAUAGUGGUGAUGAUGAAAAGUCUUCAUCCGAGUUUUUUAACUGCCGGCAAGAUUUACAUUUUCUCCCUGGAAAGUUUUACUACGGUUCUACAAACUUCAAUGUCAUAUCUUGCGGUACUCGGGUCAUACUUUCUAGAUGAAAUUAUGAUUGAUCAGUUGUUCGUCGAAUGGGACGAUUUGCAGUCUCCAGAAGAGUUCGAAAUUAUGAAGAAGUAUGCCGAGAAGGGCAGACGUUAUUCUUUGGGAUAUUCGUUGUACUGUUUCAUAUCCAUAUAUCUGUUCAUGUCCGUGUCUCUCGUACCAGUAAUAUUAGAUGCCGUGCUGCCUCUCAACGAGUCCCGACCUAUAUUGCCGGCUCACCCAGGCUACUACUUCGUUGACGAUAGAAAAUAUUUCUAUUACAUCUUAUUGCAUGCUGUCUUCGGAUGGAAAGUUGCUAUGACCGGGAUAGUCGCCCACGAUUGCAUGCUCCUGACUUACGUCGAACACGUCUGCAGUAUUUUCGCCAUAAGCGGAUUUCGAUUCGAGCGAUUAAUUUGUACGAGCACGAAUUCCAUAACAAUCCUACAUUCUGACACCUAUUAUCGCAAACAAAUUGAGUUCUCGGUGCACACGCAUCGAAAGGCUUUAAAAUUUGCCCAGCUUAUUGAAGAUACGUUUUCGUUAACUCUGGCUAUACAAAUAGUACUGAAUACAGUAAUGAUUAGCAUUACUCUAUUACAAAUUACACAAAAGGAUGCCAACUACUUGAUAAUGCUGAGGUACAUAGUAUACGUUCUUGCUCAGCUAUUUCAUCUAUUUUGUCUAAGUUUCGAGGGACAGAAGUUAAUAGAUCACAGUCUUCAAACGCGCGACAUGAUCUACAACUGUCCUUGGUACGAAGCGCCUAUAAAAUAUCAAAAGAUGCUUCUGUUCGUGAUGCGAAAAAGUCUCCAACCGAUUUUCUUGAGUGCUGGCAAGAUUUUCAUUUUCUCAUUGGAAAACUUUACUUCGAUCGUGCAAACUUCGAUGUCAUACUUUACGGUGCUUUCGUCUUUGGAAUAAAUGGAGCAAGGAUCAGUAUUUAUGACUUGUAAUCAUAGUCUAUUCCUCUAUUUAAGAUCAUCUUAACUAAUGGUCUUAAAAUGCUAUAGAGUCAUUUUAUGACUAAGAACCUUAAAAUCAUAUUUAAGACGAUCUUAAAUAUAAGAAUAAGCUAUGAAUACAGUAUAUCAAUCUUGGGCAUCUACAAUCACAACAUCAUUUAAUUCUGUGAUAAUAAGUUUAUUAUCUAUGCAUGAGUAACAUUUAUAA